AUGGGUGAGCUGGGAGUUAGAUCUGACAUAGCACAAUGGCUUAUUAAGCUUUUUUUUUCUGGGGGUGGGGAAUAUAAUGUAAUGGCUAAAGUGUUGGACUUAGAUAUGGGAGACUCAGGUUCUAAUUUCUUCUCUGGGGUAAUUCUUGUCCUAACCUAUCACAGAGAAGUGAUAGAAGGGGAGAACAUUUAUCAUCAUCAUCAUCAUUUACCUGCCUUUCAGCUUAAGAUCCCAAGGUGGUUACAACAAUUAAAACACACUGUUAAAAACAGUUUAAAAGAACUUACAAUCACAGAAAUAACAAGGGCCUUGAAAAUAUACAUCUCAAGUGUCAAAAGCUGGGGCGAAGAGGUGUGUUUUCAGUAUUUCCUGAAAGGUGUAAAACAAUGGUGCCGGAUGUACUUCUGUUGGAUGGGAGUUCCACCACUUAGGGGUUGCCCCACAGAAUGGCAUUUCCUGGGUUGCCACCACCCUGAGCUUUUGAGGACAGUGGAACAGCCCAGACUCUAG